GCAGUGCUACCGUGCAAGAUUUUAAAUUGAGUUCUAGAGAAGCAAAGUGCACAGAGUCGAGGUGUAAGAACCAGUGUAAGUGCAGAAUUUUUUUUAAAAAAUAUAUAUGGUGGGGAGGGGGGGACGAAAACAAGUUAGGGGUUAGUUAAGUGUUUGUGGAAGAGGUGUGUCUUCAGCCAUUUUUUUGAAGAGAGUGACAGAUUCUGCUGUCCAAAUUGAGGUUGGAAGUUCGUUCCACUAUUGAGGGGCAGUCAGUUUGAAGGUUCUGGAAAGAGACCUCGCGCCUCAAUGAGUAGGCACUACCAGGCAUCGGUCGUUAACCGAUCGCAGGUUGAGUGAAGGAACGUAAACCUCAAGGAGAGUGUUGAGGUAGGAGGGUGCUGUUCCAGACAAGGUCUUGUACGUGAGCAUCAAGGCCUUGAAUUUGAUGCGGGUGGCUACAGGAUGCCAGUGGAGGGAGAUGAAGAGGGGUGCGAAAUGGGUUCUUUUGGGCUGGUUGAAGACAAGGUGUGCUGCUGCAUUCUGAAUCAUCUGAAGGGUUUUGAUGGAGCUGGCUGGGAGGCCUGACUAUCACACCCAUAUGUGCUUGUUGAACGUCCCAUUCCAGAUUUAGUCCCCCCGUUUGCUGUUAAAAUAACUUCCACUCUUUUGGGAAGGCUUUCUACUAGAUUUUGGAGUGUGGCUGUGGGGAUUUGUGCCCAUUCAGUCACAAGACCAUUAGUGAGGUCGGGCGAGGAGGCCUGGGGUGCAGUUUCGUCCCAAGGGUGUUCAGUGGGGUUGAGUUGGGGUAAAUGAUUGACUUUUCAGCACUUUUUUUUUUUACAGCAUGUUUUAUUGUAUUGGAUUAACAUGCCUAACAUACGACCUGUGUAAUAUAAACAUGUUAUCAUGUUUUUUUCAUGUUCAGUAGAGAAAAUGAGCCAAAGCACACAAAGUUUCAUGUUUUCAUGUAACAAUUUUAAACAGGUCAUCUUGACCCUGACAGAACAACGGUUUUUUUUUUUUUUUUUAAAUUUCCCAGUCUAAAUAAACAAAGCAACUGCCUUCGGGAACGUAGUCACGUGACAGAACUUUGCUCCAAUACGAUAAGACUAGCGCGUGAUAUGUAAAUGAGCUCCUCCCAAAGGCCCGCGUGCCAACUUGCCUCAGUAGGAGGAAGCUUUUCCGAAUUGUUAGCUUUGUAAGUGUUGUAACCGUUAGCGCGCGGUCAUGGCACUGUAUUUAUAGUCCGCCGUCUGUGGUAAACAUUAACACGCACGAAGCAGUCGGUAAACGCUCACAAGUGAGACAAGCGGAGGAGGAAAAAAAACCCUAAACAAAAUCUUUGUUUUGAAACCUCACCCCCCCCAACCCCGCCCCCGCUUGUCCUCCUGCCCUGUUUCUGCAUUCACGCGCUGACAGACUCCACAAUGCGUCCUGCGCUCGUGCCUCCUCCUCGGCCGGUUAAACGCUGGGACAUUUUUUAAGGAAACAGAGGCGCGUGCUGUGUCUCGAACCAACGCAGAUUUGUGAGUGGGAUUUCUCGGGACUGUGUGGAUUGUUUAUUUGUUUGUUUGUUUGUUUGUUUGUUUGUUUCGAGAGGAGGAAAUGCCCGGCCGGAACAGGUACAACCUGGUGGACGACGCGGCGGAUUCGCGCGUGCCGCUUCACAACGACGAGGCGUUUCAGCACGGCAUUCAUUUCCAAGCCAAGUAUAUCGGUAGUCUGGAUGUCCAGAGACCCAACAGUCGCAUGGAGAUCGUCGCUGCCAUGCGGAGAAUCAGAUACGAGUUCAAGGCGAAGAGCAUUAAGAAGAAGAAAGUGAACAUGGUGGUCUCGGUGGACGGCGUAAAAGUGAUACUUCGCAAGAAACAGAAGAGGAAAGAAUGGACGUGGGAUGAAAGUAAACUGCUGGUGAUGCACGACGCGGUGUACAGGAUAUUCUAUGUGUCCCAUGACUCUCAGGAUUUAAAGAUUUUUAGCUACAUUGCCAGAGAUGGGUCCAGCAACACCUUCAGAUGCAACGUCUUCAAGUCCAAAAAGAAGAGUCAGGCAAUGCGUAUAGUGAGGACUAUAGGCCAGGCCUUCGAGGUGUGCCAUAAGCUGAGUCUGCAGAUUGCAGAUGGACAGAUGGACAGACAGAUGGACAGACUUGCACUUGGAGAGAGUGGAAAAUCUGAGGAGGAGACACCUAGUGAAGGCCAUGAGUCGAGCAGAGCUGAGCUCGUCAGUGUGAUAGAAAUGGAGACGAAGUCGCUGCCAGCCGGUGCUUGUGAACAAGCUAUUACCGACGUCCUUCAGAGCCUGUCAGAGCUGAACAUGGUGAAGCCAGAGCAAACUCUCCAGGAACUUGAGGAGAUGCCUCUUCACCCUCUGUCUCCCAGCAGCCCCCACUCUCUGUCUCUCACACCAUUGGCUGACCAGCACCACCUGCAGUUACUACAGCAGCAGGUACUCCAGCAGCAACAGCAAGCUCAAGUCGCUGUGGCGCAGGUGCAGCUGCUGAAGGAUCAGAUAGCGGCAGAGACGGCUGCCAGGAUGGAGGCUCAGGCCAGGAGCCACCAGCUGCUGCUGCAGAACCGAGACCUGCUACAGCACAUAGCGCUGCUGGUCCAGCAUGUCAGUGAGCUGGAGGCCAAAGUCAACGGUCAUGCAAAUAAUGAAGACUGGAGAAGGUCAUCAUCCUGUUCUCUCUCUCUCAACCUGAAAAACCACUACAGUUCAGACCAGAUCAUCACGUCCACGCCAGCAGGAGAGGCUCAAGUCCCCCCUACACCCCCUUAUACCAUGGCUACCAUGGCCUGCGCCGAGUCCUACCUCAGCCUGCUCAGAACGGGAACGUCCCAUACUGUCACGGCCAAUGGCAAGCCGGCAAACAUAGGACGCAGGCAGGGAACGGGCAGUACAAGCAGUGACUUCACAAAGUUCAAUUCAGCGGCAGUGGAUCAACGGGUUAAAGAAAUAAUCCCAAAACUGGACCCGCCCCCUCCUCCCGUCAACCGAAAGCGCCCGAACAGAACGGGAUCAGAAACGGCGUCGAGUCCAGCCUUCACCUCGUCCUUCCCCGACGUUCCACCGUGUUUUGUUUCUCCGGGGGAGUUCGGCAACGAUCUCAGUGCCUCCUGUUCGGCGAGUGAGGAUUCCGGCAUGCGCUCCGACAACAAGCCGUCCGGCGAGGAUCCGUUCGAAGACCGUAACUCCGGCCUCCUCUCGACGUCCAGCACCUGCAGCAGUUUGCCAGAGGACCACCUCCUGGCUGGAACCCCGCCCCGUCCGGCCACUCCCAACAGCUACGAGCACACGCUCGCGUUUUCAUCACCCCUUAACAAAACCUGCCUUCACAUCAGUCUAAGCGAGGACGAGCUUCUGGAGGACGGGAUCUUUACCGCAGGAAGCCCACUUAGUAGCUCACCUAGUUAGUAAUAAGGGUAACAAAAACUUGAAACUAGAGAGGGUUCAAAACUGGACGAAAUAUAGCUACUGACGCCGUGCUUUCUACUUCUACAGCGGAAAAAGAGAACAAUCAUGUGACUUGUGUAAGACGUUUCGAGCUAUUUCACAAUUUCCCAUCAUGCAUGGCAUUCAGUUUUCCUGGAAUAGGCUCCAGAUUCACCAUGACCCUGACCAAGAUAAAGUAACGAGUAACUGUCUUCACAUAAAUACUGACAUCACUUUUGGACUUAAGUGAUUUAACUCUGAAUACGGCCCAUUGUCUGCAUUAUCUUUAAACAUUGUUCACGUGCAAAUGUGCUGGAAAUUAAUGUACACUGGACUGCUGUGUAUAAAUUUUUUUUUUUCUUCUUCUUUUUUUUUUUUUUUUAAAGAAAAAAAUGAUUAGGCAUUAACUUAGAACCUGGAAAGGACAGGAAAUGUAUAGUAUAGGAAAGGACAGUAUAGAAAUGUAUUUUUUUAAUUAGCUGCUACAUUUUCUUGUACGAUUUCUACGGCUCAAGCCCAUGGACUACUGUUCGCCAGAUUAGAAGUGAAAAUGAAAUACUGAAGAAAUGCUUUGAAGGUUAAAGAGCAGACAGGAGAAUUCUCUGGUGAAUGGUCUAAGUCAAGUCUGGCAAGAAAUGCGUAAUGCUCAUCAAAAAUAUAUGAAGAAAAAUGCGAACGACAUUGAAGUUUAAACCAGAAAGCAUAAUCCGAGCAAAUCACUGCUCAUUAAGUUUGGUUGAAGGAAUGGAAAGUUUGAGACCCAGAUGAAGCAAAGCAGAACUGAACUUCUGAAUCGUGUUUGUAACACUGCCGUGGUGUCAUCAUCAGCUGGGAAGCAGGACAAGAUUCUUAUCGCUCUUAUCGUUCUUCCUGAUGGAGAGUGGCAGAGAUAGACAGGCUGAGAGCGGGGAGGAGAAAAAAAAAAAAAGUGUUGCCUUAGCGGUGAAUUGACUCCGAGGAAGCGAGACCAAGGUAAAUCAAUUUCCUUGCUCUGUGGAUUUCCUCGUCAUAUUAUUGAUGCAGAUAACAUCACGGUGCACUCGAGAAGAAAAAAAAAAAAACAUCCGGUUCCGACUUUUCCAGUAUCAUAGAAGCAGUGAGGCUGUGGUAGCUUUAAAAUGAACCCAAUGAAACAAACUAACAGACUUUUGAGACACGGAGCUGAAAUGUGCAUGAAGACAUCUUGCAAUAAGGCGCGCAUCAAGAAGAAUGUUGGUUGUGUGUACUAGGGACAGAAGGAACAAGAAAGGUGUCAGAAGAGAAAGAAAAAUAAGAACGAAUGAGAUAGAAGGGAUUAGUAGAGGGGAAGAUGUCGGGGGUGAGCAGGUGUUCUGAUCUGCUACGGCGAGGAGGAAGAAGGUGGAAGAGAAAUGGAGGUAGGGGGCGCAUGUGCAGUGUCACUGUGGAGAAACGGUUCCACCUACAGCAAUAAAACUGAAAUAAUAGAAUAAAUAAACGAAAAAACCUGAUAAACAAUAGCAGUGUUAAUGAUUUUUUUUCCAUGUAGGUCCAAUAUCAGAUCAUAAAUAUGAUCUGGUGACCAGACGUCAUUAAGGUUUCAGUUAUGAACUUGGCUUUCAUCCACUGACCUGCCCAGCCUCUUCUUUCUAAAUGAUGAAUCAUGUUCCUGCUGUAGCUCUCACACCCUGGCGCCAUUUUGCAUACUCAGCUGAACUCAGGAGCAUUACAGCUCAUUCUUUCUGCCUAAAUGCAUUUUCAGUGCUACAGUUGAACUGCAAUGUCUGCUUGGCUAAGGCCAUCCCUUUUGCUUUUAUAGUACUGCAAGGGUUAACCUCUUAAGCAUCUGUAUUAUUCAGUAACCCUUCUUAAAGCAUGAUGGUAUAUACAGUAACAGCUAUGCAUUACUCACUGAACCUAAAUAAGGUAAGGUAGGUAAAGUAAGGUAUGUACACUGAGAAAAUGGGUUCCACAAUGGUUCUAUUUUUCUGAAAGAGAAACUCACUGUCCUGCAUGGGACCUUUAAGGGUUUCUCCAAACUGAAGAACCCUGAUAGAAUGGUUUUUCGGCUGCUCCCGUUAGGGGUCGCCACAGCAGAUCAUUGGUCCGCGUAGUUGAUUUGGCACAGGUUUUACACCAGAUGCCCUUUGUGACACAACCCUCCCAUUUGGUCUGGGCUUGGGACCGGCACGGAGUGCAACCCCCAGUGGUCAGGUUGGUUCCCUGCCCGGGAAUCGAAACCAGGCUGCAGCAUUGAGAGCGCAGUAUCCUUAGACCGCAAGCGAACCCUGAUAGAGUAAUAAAGUGUAACUUUGUUGCUGAUAAUAAUAUUCACUUAUACCACUUUUCAUUUUGAUUAUUGGACAUUAUUAUUUAAGUGUUUAUGAAAGGGAAAAUUUGUAAAACAAUGUACAAUUAUGAAUACGCCAUGUUUCUGAAUUUAGGAAACACCUAUAGACCAGAUGUUCCGAACAUUCUCUCGAAUGUUAUUCCAAAGUUUAAGAACAGCUAUAAGAAAAACUACCUAAACUAUAUAUGACUGAUGAUAUAUGACUGAGCUAAACCAUUAAGGUUGCACCAAUGCUCUUAACUGUAGCUUUAUGUUUCACUGUGUAUCCAACCAGCUCUAUGGUGAAAUCAGACUUUGCUAUUUGUGCUUAUUCAAAAUUUAUGAGAUUUGAUGUCUUUUACACAUUCUUCCAUAUUGUGUAGCUGUGCUGCUGUGAAUCUGGCUAAAGUGAUGAGUGUAGUGUAUCAUCAGCGUAGCCAAUAUUAUGUUUGUGAAUUAUCUCUAGGACACGUCCAAGGGACUGGAUAUAAGGGUGUAACAAUAUAUGGCCUAAAACAGAACCCUGUGGGAUACCAUAUUGCACUUUUUAGGUUCUGGGGAUCUUUACUUCAUGCUAACAACCUAUCAAAUUACAAACUGGACCACGUUUUUAUUUUCUGAUUUACAAAGAUUUUAUUUUGACUUUCACAUGUUGUUGGAUGUCUUACUUUGUUUGCUGGUGAAACUAAACUGAGGGAUGAGCUCAAAUGGUGUCUCAGUGAGUUGUUAUUUAAUGUUGCUGUUUGGAUAAAAACAUCUGCAAAAUCACUGUGUAUCUAUAGCUAGUUCUACAAUGCAAUCUCACAUAUUUGGGGACAGUUUAUUGGUCACUGUUUAAGACUACCGGUGAGAAGGUUGCGCUCCACCAAGCUACUAUUAUUGGGGGCCAGGCUAAUUUCCUUAAAUUUUCUGCAUUUUUAACCUCUCUCAGUCGUGAGCUGCUUUAGAUGCAAGUGUCUGCCAGUGUAAUAAUGCUAAUAAAUGGAACUGAUAAAGAAGCAAGAUAAAUAGAUGUGUGUACGUGUGUCCAGAAAACCUGGUAGGCGUCAAGUAAAUGGAGAAUUUAAGCAUAGACAUUGCAAGGAGUCUCCACUCUCAGCUUUAUCUGUGAGGAAUAGAACACAGGGAAUCCCUCACAAUAAUAUGCAGAGAGAACUGCACAGAGAGAAAGAAGUUAAUGUGAGAACGAGAGGGAGAUCCUUCUUUACAGAAUCGAUUCAGAGAAUCAUAUUAACGCUCACUCUGUGCCUCGCUCCAUUUCUGAGACUCAUCCUCCACCUCUGAUCCUCUUGAUAUUGACAUACAGGAGUGGUCCAUCAAUACACAUUACCUUGUGCUGGUGAGGGAGGAAAGGAGCAGGGAGGGCGAAGCAAAGCCAGAGGAAAAUGGAAAGGCAGAGCUCUUUAAAAGAUUUUCUCUCAGGCAGGGAGGUUAACAAGACAGACAUCUGUUAAGGGUGAAGCAGACGCUUUGUGCCUUUGGAAACUGAACUUGAUUGAGCCAAGCAGAAAGGAGGAUCUGGUGUUUAUGGAGAGCUCUCAGAAAGUAUUUGAACAAUCCUCAGGACUCAGUUUUAUGAUAACAAGGAUAAUAUUGUCCUAAUCACCUAAACAUAAAAAUAGCAUAUAGGAGGUCCCCUCAAGAGAAAAUUAUUUUAAAAAAACUAGAAAGUGUUCUUUCAUUGAGGCAUUUGCCUCGAGCUCAUUAUACAGGGAACCGUUAGCUUACAGUGCAUUCAGAAAGUAUAAAAUUAUAAGCAUCCUUAUGCUAAAUUGUUUUAAAUCAUUUUUUUCACAUUAAUCUACACUCCAUACCCCAUAAUGAUAAAGAAAAAAAAAACAUUUAUGAUAACUGCAAAUUUAUUAAAAAGAAAAUAAUAAAAUAUCACAUUGACAUAAGUUUUCAGAUCCUGAACUCAGUAUUUGGUUGAAGUACCAUUGGCAGUGAUUACAGCCUCAGGUUUUUUGGGGGUAUAAUGCGACAGGCUUUACACACCUGGAUUUCGGGAUUUUCUGCCAUUCUUCUUUGCAGAUCCUCUCAAGCUCUGUCAGGUUGGACCGGGGACUGUUUGUGGACAGCCAUCUUCAGGUCUCUCCAGAGAUGUUCGAUUGAGUCAGAGUCCGGGCUCUGGCUGGGCCACUCAAGAACAUUCACAGAGUUGUCUCUAAGCCACUCUUACAUUGUCUUGGCUGUGUCCUUGGAGUCAUUGACCUGUUGUAAGGUGAACCUUUGGUCCAGUCUGAGGUCCUGAGUGCUCUGGAACAGGAUUUCAUGAAGGCUGUUUCUGUAUUUUGCUUUCCUUCAACCCUGACCAGUGCCCCAGUCCCUGCCGUUGAAAAACACCCCUCACAGCGUGAUGAUCUCACCACCAUGCUUCACUGUUGGGAUGGUAUUGCGCAGUUGAUGGGCGGUGCCUGGUUUCCUCCAAACAUGACACUUGGAAUUGAGGCCAAACAGUUCAAUCUUUGUUUCAUCAGACCAGAGAAUCUUGGUUCUCGCAGGUUUUUCAAAUUUCAAGUGGGCUUUCAUGUGUCUUGCACUGAGGAAAGGCUUCUGUCUGGUCACUCUGCCAUACAGCCAGAUGAAUGGAGUGUUGCAGCAAUGGUUGACCAUCUGCAAGCUUCUCCCAUUUCCAAAUAUGAUCUCUGGAGCUCAACCAGAGUGACCACUGGGUUCUUGGCCACCUCUCUUACCAAGGCCCUUCUCCCCAAUUACUCAAUUUGGUCAGCUCUAGGAAGAGUUGUGGUUGUUUCAAACUUCUUCCAUUUAAGAAUUAUGGAGGCCACUGUGCUCUUGUGAACCGUCAAUGCAACAGAUUUUUUUUUUUUUUUUGUAGCCUUUCCUAAAUCUGUGCUUCUACACAAUCCUGGCUCUGAACUCUGCAUGUAGUUCCUUUAACCUCAUGGCUUAGUUUUUGCUCUGUUAUGCAUUUUCAGCUGUUACACCUUAUAUAGACUUUCCAAAUCAUGUCCAAUCUAUUGAAUUUGUCACUGAUGGACUCCAAGCAAAGUGUAGAAACAUCUCAAAGAUGAUUCAAACAAAUGGAAUGCACCUGAGCUAAAUUUAAAGUGUCAUAGCAAAGGGUCUAAAUACUUAUAUCAAUCUGCUAGUUCAUUAUUUUCUUUUUAAUAAAUUUCCAAAGUUAUCUCAAAUCAGGGUUUUUUUUUUUGGUCAUUAUGGGAUGUAGAGUGUAGACUGAUGUGAAUAAUAAUAAUUUAAAGAAUUUUAGCAUAAGGCUGCAACAUAACAAAAUGUGAAAAAAUGAAGGGGUCUUAAUACUUUCUGAAUGCACUGUGUGUUGUCCUGUCUGAUGUUUUUUUGUGUGUCUUUGUUGUGGUUUUUUUUUUUCUUUUUCUGUGGGAACCUACUAAAGGUAAAUUUAUCCAAUUUAAUGACCUGGCCUCAACCUCAAGUGCCUCUGCCUUCGUUGUAGCUGUGUUCAUGAAGCUCAAGCUCCAAAAUGACAGGAGAUUUUGUAACCUUGUCUUAAAUAUUUCACAGCAAAGAGCAUUUUCCACACCCAACUUUUUUCUUUUCUUUUUUUUUUUUUUUUUAAAUCUUAUCUAUAAUUAUCUGCCUGUUUCUUUCUUUGCUUUCCUUUGUAAAGCAUCUAUUAUCUUGUCACCUUUGAUGAGUGAACUGGAAUCUCUUAAAACAUUUCCUCGUUCCCAAAACAUGAAAUCUAAAAAAUGUGGGGAAAAAUACCAUUUGAUGCCACCCACUGUGUUAUAUAAUCAGGCCAUAGGAGAUCGUGAACCUCUGUUGGCUUUCCAGCAUUUUUUUUUCCCCCAGCAUUGACGUUUUGUACUAUAAAUAGUUUUGAAAACUGUGCUUUCCUGAACUCAAAUGUUUCUCUUUUGCAUGUGUCUCAACCAGACGUACAAUUAAAGCAAGUCUGGUUACCUCCAAAAGUGAUAAAGGAGAAUAUUGCUUUUAAAGGUUCCAAACAUUUAAAGAUUGCAUUCCAACUCCACUAAAAGACACCACCACACUGAUUGUCCAAAAGUAACUAUUGUUUAUUGAAUUUGUUUACAUUUAUUUUAAUAUGUAAUAAAUAAAAUAUUCAAAUAAUAAAUAUUACCACAAAAUAUCUUCAUACAAGCCUUUAUUCAAAGCCUACAGCCUAAUAAGCUAUUCAGAAUGCCUGUCCAUCCUGCACUUACCUUCCAUUUCUGCUUUGAUGGGUUGACUUCUCCCGCCACGAUACCCACCAUCUAGCCAGAUAGCUGGCAUGUGGCUGACAUGCUGCUAGCAUGGUUGAAUGGUUUUUUCUCUACGUACCAUGUGCUGUUCAUUGGUGAGCUUGUUAAAUUAGCUGUUCUGCUGCUAAUCUGAAGCUCUGGAAUUGGAGUUGCUUUUCCCUCCACACAAAGAACCCCUUGUUCUUUUCACUUCAGGUGCAUUUCUCUCAUGGGUCAUGCUAUCCCAACAGUAUCACCGUGUCCUUGCUCUCAUGCAGUCGGUGUUUGGAUCUCUUGAAAGAUGGGCAGGAGCUUGGAACAGACUUCUCAAGGACAUGGCCUGACUCUGAAUGCACAGCGUUGCCUAUGUUGCCACAAUGCACUGUGUUGGCAGAUGUACAUCCUGGCUCUGAGUCGAAUCUGGCUAAAAUCAAUGACAUGUUGACAGACAUGACUCCAGGCAAAAUGAGUGAUUCAGGAACUGAGACCAUACAAAUCAGAGGCUUAGUUUUCUACAA